AUGGCUGACAAGAAAAAGAAGAAAGGAGGAGGUGGUAAAAAGAAGAAGAAAGCAGGCGAAAAUGUCUACGAAGCUUUACUUGAAUACAAAAUAACAGUCAUAGAUAAAGAACUUGAAGAAUGGCGUUUUCGUGUAUAUAAAAUUGAAGAAGAAAACGAAGCAUUAUUAGGACGAGAUGCACAUCUACGAGAUGAAUGCGCAGCAUCAAUGAAACAUCUUGUCACUAAUGCUUUACAAUUUGAUAAAGAGAAUAUUACUUAUCCAAAAGUUGAUAGAGAAGAAGUUCAUGCAGCUGUCCAUGAAAAAAUGAAUGCAGCUGCAGAACAAGAAGCUGAAUUGAGAAAAAUUCAUGAUGAAAUGUUUCAUGUUGAAAUUGAAAUAUUUAAAGUUCGAAGUCAAAUAAAACAAUUGACAAAAUAUCGUGAUGUAACACAACUUGAAGAACAACGAGCUAUUCAAUCACUUGAACAGGAACUUGCUUAUAUGAUCGAUAAUUAUGAUGUUCUUUCAAAAUAUUUAGAAGAAAGUAAAAAUGAUGAACAAACAGCAUUAACACAAAUGGCACAAAAUAAAAUUAAUCAAAAAACUCGAACAGCUACUGAACGUGUUGCAUUAGGUCUUGAUCAAUUUACAAAAAAAAUGUUAAGUGAAAAUCAAUAUAUGACUCAUGAAAUCAGUCUUCAGGAACGAAGAGCUAGUGAAUUGGAAGAACAAGUUCGUGCAUUAGAACAAACAAAUGUUAUUAUUAGUGAAAAACUUGCUGCAGCUCAUGUAGCCGAUACAACUACUUUUAAAAAUACAUUUGUAACAGAUUUAUUCACAGAUGAUAUUUCAACAGAUAUUGGAAAUAAUUGUAUACUCGCUGUUGAUUUAGGUCAAUUGACGAUACGUAGUGAUACUGGUGAUAAAACUUUUGAAGAAUUACUAAAUGAAUUAGAUAAGAAUACACCACGAUUAUCAACUAUUGAUGAUAAUUCCACACUUGCUUCACCUUCAGCUAAUCUACAUGUUGAAGGUACUCAUAUGCAAGUUCGUUCACCUCCAAAACUCGAUGAAGAAGAAGAAAAAUACUUAGAUUUUCGAGGACAUACAUGGAUUGAUCCACCACGUCUCAAACAAGCACUUCGUAAAGCGUGA